GCGAGUUUAUAUCCUGCUUGUUGCCCAUAACAUUGUACCUGUAGACGAUGAGCCCGGAACGCGGAAGCAUCAUCAGCCGCUCGUUGGUUGGUAGAUGAUACUGCAUCGAGUAUGGGUGCCGAACAAGCUCAGGCGUGAUCUUGACCGCGGAUAGUCAAGCGAUGUUGUCACGCUAGUUAUUGCGUUGUUGUACAUCGAUGCCAUAUGGAGCCACAGCUGACCCACAACUACUUCGUGAAGAUGGACACCACGUCUUCGUCCAGCACCAGGUGAUUCAAGCUCACCUUCUGCGCGUGCGGUGCAAACUUGGAAGACUUGCCCCAUACGAGCGCGUACCGGAAAUUCGUCGCGAGCGACCGAUGGAUGCCGUUACACACGUUCUCGAUCGUGGCGCCCGUUCGCAGACAGACGGGGUCGGAGAGGUCUGGAUGUUCGCCGCGUUUCUUGGUGUAGACGCGGACGAGGCCGAGCUCGGCCCAGAUGCGUUCGAUGAGGUAGUCCAUGUUGAGGUCCAUCUCGCAGGAGAUGACGACGGUGUGGUCCUGGCGGGCGAGCUGGUCGACGCGUUCGAGCGAGAUGGCAUCGAUCUUGUUGUAGACGUAUAAACAGGGUAUGUAUUUGCGAGUACCAAUCAGUACGUCGAUGAAUUCGUCUGUCGUGAUGUCUUCACGUAUCAUCACGUCACAGUUAUGCAGCUUAUAGCUGGCAAGGAUACUCCUGAUCGUCUUCUCGUCCGUCUUAGUCAGCUUGACGGUCGUGUUGAGAGUGAUCCCGCCCGUUGUCUUGCGCUUGAACACGACGUCUGGCUUACGCUUGUUGAGCCGGAUGCCGACCGCGUCAAGCUCAAUUUCGAGCAAGCGCCGUUGCUCCUCCGACUUGGUCGCGUCGAGCAUGAUCAGGAUGAGAUCGGCAGUUUUGGCGGUGGAUACGACCUGCCGCCCUCGACCACGACCCUGACUAGCGCCCUCGACGAUCCCGGGCAGAUCGAGCAGCUGUAUGCGCGCCCCUUGGUACUCAAUCACGCCCGGGAUCGCGGUCAACGUCGUGAACUCGUACGCCGCCGCCUCGGAUUGCGUGUGCGUCAUCUUGCUCAAUAGCGUCGACUUUCCGACCGAGGGGAAGCCGAUGAGCGCGACGCGGGCAUCGCCUGAUUUUUGGACGUCGAAACCCGUGCCUGCCGGACCGGACUUGGAGGUCGGCUCGAGGAGCUGGGCACGGUACCGCGCGAGCUUGGCUUUGAGAAGACCGAGAUGGUAUUCCGUGGCCUUGUUCUUCUGCGUUCGCGCCAUCUCCUCCUCGAUUUCCUUGAUCUUCUCUACGACGCCCAUGGUGUGAUCGAAUAGCCGUGAAGUACGACGAUAUGUGUUACGCGAAUCGGCGGCGACGGCCAAAGCAGAAAGAUAUGAUUGCGCGGAAGAUGCCGAGCGUCCGACGCGCAUGAAAGCGCCUGCAGCAGCGCAGGCACACUCUCCAGACGUCGCUCACCACAGUCCCGGCCACGUCUUGCGGGCUCGCUGAUAGCAUAAAGGGUGAUCCCAACACUCAAGAGGAUGAUCUCCCGCCACACGCCGACGCUGUACACCCACGACGAGAACGACUCGGACGACGACGACGGCGCCGACUGGGACGUCUACCCCGACGCCAUGCCCGCGUCCACUCCCUCCCGCCUCACCCUCCGCUCCCGCAAAUCCUACAACGCCUCCACCUCCCAGCCUUCCUCCGCCUCCCCCGCAGCUGCCUCCACCUCCGCCACGCCCAGCGCCGCCCGCCUCUCCAAGUACUCGGACGUCUACUCGCAGUUCAUCCGGCGCUACCGCUCCGCGCCCGACAUCGACGACGACCCGCGCAACGACCCGGACAGCCACUAUAUCCACCGCGGAAUUGGACAGCUCCAGGACCUCGGGGACAGCGACGACGAUGACGCGCCGCCUGGCGAACUCGCCGACCGCUUCUCGUCGCUCGUGCUCGACGCGGAACCGAUGGAGCCCACGACGCUCGAGGAGCGCGAGCGGCUCGAGUGGCAGACGAUGCUCGCCUCCGUCCUCGGCGGCGACGUCCUCCGCUCGGAGAAGACGCGCAUCGCGACCGUCCUCGGCGAGGGCACCGCCGAGGAGAAGUCGCGGCUCAACAUCUGGCUCGGCAUCCGCGCCAAGCUCCACGGCCGGACGGACGAGGAGGAGCGCAAGAGCCUCGACGAGCGCCGCCUCCGCAUCGUCGACCCCGUCAUCGCCGACAUCCUCCACUUCCGCGUCACCGCCGACGACCCGGACCCGUCCGGCGCGAUGCGCCAGGUGAAGGCCCUCCUCGCCCGGCUCGACACCGCGCUCUCGCUCUACCCCACCCUCAAGGCGUUCUACCUCGACAAGCCCGUCGCCGCCGAAGGCGUCUUCCAGACCCGGCUCGACACGCUCUACACCUGGUCCAACGUGCUCCUCUCCCUCCGGAAACAGAUCGACACCCUUCGCGCGCUCACCGGCAGCGAGACGCUCGACGUCACCCAACCCAACACGGACCCGGACCUGCCCCUCCGCCGCGAGAGCCGGCGCCGGGGCGAGCGCGGCACGCACGAGGUCGCGGACGGCACGACGUUCGUCGACCGCAUCCUGAAGGAAGACUCCUCCCAGCGCACAUUCGAGAAGGGCGCGCUCACGACCGUCCACGCCCUCAUCGGCACCGCGCGCGACGCGCAGGUCAACCUCGCCCCGUACUUCCACGAGAUGAACCUGCCCACGUUCGAGCGCGAGCUCACGCUCCUCAUCUCCUUUCCCACCAACCUCGUCCAGGCCAUCCUCCGCGUUCGGCUCGAGUACGCCCGCAAGCUGAAGGAUCCCGAGGUGCUCAUCAUCGACCAGAUGAUCGACGACCUCAAGAUCAACAUCGGCCUCGCGUGCACACUCAAGCGCCAAUACGAUGCUUUCCUCGCGCCCGAUCCCGGGGGCAACUGGAAUCUCCCGCCCUGCAUUGAUAAGGACUACGAUGCGGUCGUGUUGGAGGCGCUUGCUUUCCUGUUCAAGCUCAUACACUGGAAGCUGAAGAGCGGUGCGAAGAGCAUAUAUUUCAAGGAGACCGACGUCCUCGAGAGCCAGUGGGCGACGUUUAACGACGUUAGCUUGAGCACCGCUGGUGGUUCGGCGCUUGUUGCUGAACAGCUCUGUGUCUUGACGAACAAGCUCAUGGUCCGGGUCACCAACUACUUCGACAAUCAGGUCCGAGUUCCGCUCAACAACUCGUUCUCGCACAAAGCACAGCGACUCGCCGCCCACGCCAACGGGGCCAGCGCACUCGCGCGCAAGAAGAUGUCGGACGAGCAGCUCAUCAACUGGUAUGCAAAGAUUCUCGAGAGCGGUCGGCUGCGACAUCGGAAGCUCCAGCGAUUCGCCAGGUCGCUCACGCAGAAGUUUAACAACGCCGCCGAAUACACCCUGAACGACGUCCCCCUUGACCUCUUCAUCGCCACGCUCGUCGAAACGGAUCACAUCCUAGUCUACACCCAGACAUAUGAGGAAGACAGCACGUACAUAGUAGCGCCACACAUCCUCCGCGACCGGCCGGAGACGAUCCGGCGGCUGAUGACAGAGGCCUUCCAGGUGCACGAGGCGUUCACUGAGGAAGGCACGCGGAUCGUGAGUAGCGGCGAGGACGAGGACGAGGACGUGCUUGCGGACGAGGAUGUGCCCUACCUCCUCGUGCUCUCCCCGCGCAGCCAGUUCCUCUGGAACGGCCUCGUGCUUAUGCUCGAGAUCCCGAAGAUCGAGCUCGACCUCGAGGACAACACCGUUCGGCUCAUCGCGGACGGCUCCCACCGGCGGCUCGCCAUGGCCAAGGAGGAGUUCGCGGCGAGCUUCCUCAUCGAGGACGAGGACGGGAACCCGCUUGAGCCGCCGCUCCCGCCGCUGCAGUGCGUCGUCGAGAGCCGCGCGCACCUACCGAACGUCAACCGCGAGCUGCGCAAGAUCCUGCGCGCGACGAACCGGCUCGCGGAGUCGAUCGUCGACUCGGUCCACCACGUGCGCACCUCGCUCCGCGAGACGUCCGGCUACCAGGAGCUGCUCGAGAACUGGUACGGCUUCGCGUCCGAGCACGGCCAGCACGCGCAGAAAUACGUGGAGCGCGCGUCGCUCGCCAAGUUCAACAGGCUGCUCAUCAAGCUCGCCAUCUCCUGGGUCACCUUCAUCUGCGACGACUGCGACCCCAACGACCGGCGCACGUUCCGCUGGGCGGUCAGCGCGCUCGAGUUCGCGCUCCACCGCACCCGGCGCAACAACAUCCUGCAGAUGCCGAGCGACCAGUUCGAGCACCUCCGGCAGAAGGUCGCGAGCUGCAUGACGCUCCUCAUCGGCCACUUUGACAUCCUCGGCGCGCGCUCGAUCAAGGAGCGCGAGCGCCAGGAGGAGCUGCUCCGCCAGCAGGCCCACACCGCGCGCGAGGUCGAGGAUUGGGAGCGCGCGACCUCGCCGCCCGAGACGGACGAAGGUGUCGUGGACCACGGCUUCAUCGAUCGCUCCGUGCGCCUGUUCUGGGAGAAGGCGGCGCGCGCCGUGCGCGAGCUGGAGAGGAACCGGGCCGCGGUCCUAUCCGAGCAGCACAUCGCUGGCCGCGUGCUUGAGGACAAGCCAGAGAACCGAUCGCUGCUCUUCCUCGCGGGCUCCUCGUCCAACUUUGCGAUCCGCUGGCAGCAGGGCAAGUUCAUCGGCGCGGGCGCGUUUGGUUCCGUGUACUCGGCAGUGAACCUCGACUCUGGGUCGCUUAUGGCGGUGAAGGAGAUCAAGUUCCAAGAGUUUUCGGGCCUCCCCAACCUCGUUGCUCAGGUGAAAGACGAGCUGAGCGUGAUGGAGAUGCUGCAUCACCCCAACGUUGUCGAGUUUUAUGGCAUCGAGGUGCACAGGGACAAGGUCUACAUCUUCGAGGAGUACUGUCAAGGUGGAAGCUUGAGCUCGCUGCUGGACCAUGGCCGGAUCGAAGACGAGCGUAUCAUACAGGUUUAUACGAUGCAGAUGCUGGAGGGCCUCACGUACCUUCAUUCGCAGAACAUCGUGCAUCGUGACAUUAAACCUGAUAAUAUCCUUCUUGAUCACCUCGGCGUCAUUAAGUUCGUUGACUUCGGCGCGGCUAAGGUGCUUGCAAAGAACCAGCGGACCAUGCAGCGCAGUCGCCGCGCGCCCGAACCUGGUGCGAUGGGCGGUGGACUAGGCAUGAACAACAGUCUCACUGGCACCCCGAUGUACAUGAGCCCAGAGGUGAUCAAGAAUGAUCGCCGGGGUAGGCACGGCGCCAUGGACAUAUGGUCAAUGGGGUGUGUGGUGCUCGAGUGCGCUACCGGACGGAAACCAUGGAGCAAUCUCGACAACGAAUGGGCAAUCAUGUUCCACAUUGGAGUAGCGACCCAACAUCCGCCGUUGCCCGAACCCCACCAACUCAGUGCUCUUGGCAUCGACUUUAUCAAGCAGUGCCUCACCAUUGAUCCGAUGAAGCGACCGACCGCCGUCGAGCUGAUGGAGCACCCUUGGAUGGUCGAGUUCCGCGACGUGCUCAUCAGCUACGAAGAAGACGAGAUGGCAACGAGCCCGCCUCAACACAUGCCCGAGGAGAACUUCGAGAACGCGUCCGUCGCGCGUCACGCGGCGAUCAUCCAGGAGAAGGAGGUGGAAGCCAUCCAACAGCCCUCUCCCGAGCUGGAGCCAGUGGAGGUCAGCUCGGAGGGGAUCACGCCCGAAGGUUCUUCAGGUUCCGGUCUGAGCGAUCGUUCGGGGAGCGGCAACAGCAGCCAUUCACGUUAGUUUUUUCUACACUCAUAUACGCUUUCCAUCUGUUUCCGCGCAAUAUCCAAUGUUGUACAUUACCAUUUUGCAUGCUGCUGUAUCAUUCGACUCUAUUGAUCUGUAUAUCUGUAUAUCCAAACUGCC